UGUUAAUCUCAUCAGUUGUUUCCCACUUCUCUUUUCUCUCUACCUUUCUCUCUCUUUAGCUUCUUCACAAGCAACCAACCUGUCUCUUGUUGGAUACAUAGUUGGCUGUUGGAACCACUGCAACACACCCCACCUCCACCAUUUCUUGGUUAUAUGUAUCCCUUCACUAUCUAUAGCUAUUCCGGUUUACGAAAUUUGAUCUUUGAUCAAGAUUAGUGCUUCCGUGGUAGAAAAAGAUUCAAGAUUGAGAUUUUUCUGCAACUUUGAUUCAUAUUUUCUCGUAUUUUUUGUGGGACUGUAAUAUUAUAAGGUCUCUCUCUCCCUCUCCUGUUUUCUUCCUUCCUUUCUUUUUCAUUUAAUUAUCUCUGUCCGUUUUUUCUAUUAAGCCCUAGAUUUUCAGGAAAUUAAUAUCAUGGGUUGGUGAGAUUAGAACAAGAUUACAUCAGUUAUUAUACUAUAGUAUUUAGUGACCUUUGUGUGGGAUAAUCUUACUUGGGAUAAGAAAAAUUAGUGGCCUAGUAUUUUAGGGUUUUUCAAAAACAAUGGCAUUGAGUGGUGAAGACAAGGAUAUGAGAAUGCAAGGCUCUACGGGCUACAACUCAGUGGAGAUUCAACAAGAGAAAACAAGAAAUUUGGACCCAAAUUCUGGUGGAUCUAAACUGAAGACACCUGCAAAAAUUAGCUACCGUGAAUGUCUCAAGAAUCAUGCCGCCAGCAUUGGAGGGAAUGUAACUGAUGGGUGUGGGGAAUUCAUGCCUAGUGGUGAAGAAGGAACCCUUGAAGCCUUAAAAUGUGCAGCUUGCAAUUGCCACCGCAACUUCCACCGCAAAGAACACCAUGGAGAGGUAGCCGCGGCGGGGAUAAUCCACCCUCUUCCACUCCCACCACCACUGCCUUCUCCAUCAAUGGGCCAGCACCGCAUGGGAGUGCACAAUGUUAAUCACUGGAGUUCAAUGGUGCAGCCAGUGAAAAUGGCUUUUGGCAGUGGCGGAGGCGGAGGUGGAGGUGGUGGCAGUGUAGGGACAGACUCUUCAAGUGAGGAGCUCAACUUCAAUGCUUAUCAGUCCAACACAGCAGCCCCUCCACCGCCGCAGUUUGUCAACAAGAAGCGGUUCCGUACUAAGUUUACUAAUGAGCAGAAGGAUAAGAUGCUAGAAUUUGCUGAAAAACUUGGGUGGAGAAUUCCAAGAGAAGAUGAUACUGAAGUGCAAAGGUUUUGUGCUGAAGUUGGGGUUAAAAGACAGGUUUUCAAGGUUUGGAUGCACAAUAACAAGAGUUCUUCUGCCAAAAAGGAUCCCCAAGAAAUUUAGGUUCUUCAAAUUGAAAUUUAGAACUUGAAAUGGAGAGUUGGAUAAUUACUGCAUGUUUAGUUGGGUAGGAUGAGACAAUAAUAUUGUCCAGUGCUAUCUAAUCGUGUACCUUAAACAUGGCAUUAAGGUAAAAGCUUUAGCUUGGAAUUUCGUGUUGUAGAAUUACAUGUGCAAAAGGGAGAGUAAAAUCUGUUUGUAUUUGCAGGCUCCUACUUAAGAAGUUUAUUCAAUUUUCUUAUGUUUUCUGGUCGGCAGCCUUUUGUUUUCUCUCUUCUUCUUUUUUCUUGCCGUUUUUGUUCUUAAUGUAAUGAUAUUUUAUGUCUGAUCACCAUUAAUGUUCUUUGCAGCAA